UCGGUGCGAGCCUGACACCGUCAUGGCGGCGCGGCAGCUGCUGAGGGCGGCUCCGGGGCGGCGCGGCUACAGCGGCGCGGGCGCCGCCGAGUUCCUGCACCGCAGCAUCGUGCCCACCAUGCACUACCAGAAGAGCCUGCCCAGACUGCCAGUUCCCAAGCUAGAAGAUACAAUUAAGAGAUACCUGAAUGCCCAGAAACCACUUUUAAAUGAUGAUCAGUUCAGGAAAACUGAAGAACUUGCUCAUGACUUUGAAAAGGGGAUUGGAAGAGAGCUGCAUGAGCAACUGGUUGCUCAAGACAAUCAGAACAAGCAUACAAGUUACAUCACAGGUCCCUGGUUUGACAUGUACCUAAAAGCACGUGAGCCUAUUCUUUUGAAUUUUAAUCCAUUUAUGUCUUUUAAACCUGAUCCGAAACCAGAAUACAACGAUCAGCUCAUACGAGCUACGAACAUGACUGUUUCUGCCAUACGUUUUAUGAAGACCUUCAGGGCUGGUUACCUUGAACCAGAGGUUUUUCACCUCAAUCCAGAAAAAAGUGACACUAAGCUCUUUAAAAAAAUUAUCAGAUUUGUGCCUUCUUCAAUUUCUUGGUUUGGUGCCUACAUGGUCAAUGCUUACCCCCUAGAUAUGUCUCAAUACUUCAGGCUUUUCAAUUCUACACGGAUUCCUAAGCUCAGCAAAGAUGAGCUUUAUACAGAUGAAAAGGCAAGACACUUAUUAGUGUUGAGAAAUGGAAAUUUUUAUGUGUUUGAUGUUAUUGAUAGAGAUGGAAACAUGCUGAAACCCUCAGAAAUACAUGCACACCUGAAAUACAUCCUUAGUGACAACAGCCCGGCCCCGGCCUUCCCUCUUGGCUACCUCACCAGUGAAAACCGAAAUACAUGGGCAGCGCUGAGGAAGAAUCUACUGGACAAUGGCAAUGCAGAAGCUCUUCAAAAAGUAGACUCUGCCAUGUUUUGUUUAACUUUAGAUGAUUUUCCCAUUAAAGACUUAGUGCACUUGUCCCACACUAUGUUGCACGGAGAUGGUGCAAACCGCUGGUAUGACAAAUCCUUUAGUCUUAUCAUAGCUAAGGAUGGCACUGCAGGAAUUAAUUUUGAGCAUUCCUGGGGAGAUGGUGUGGCUGUGCUCAGGUUCCAGAAUGAGAUUUUUAAAGAUAGCACCACGACACCAGCCAUCAGCCCCCAGUCCCAACCUGCUUCAGUUGACUCUUCCAGAGCAGUGCAGAAACUUGACUUUAAGUUGAACGAUGCCUUAAAAGCAGGGAUUACCAAAGCCAAGGAGACAUUUGAUGCCACUGUAAAAUCACUGUCUCUUAACAUGAUUCAGUUUGAAGAAGGGGGCAAGGAGCUUCUAAAGCAGAAGAAGGUGAGCCCAGAUGCUGUGGCUCAGCUGGCCUUCCAGAUGGCUUUCCUGCGCCAGUACGACCAGACCGUGGCCACGUACGAGUCCUGCAGCACUGCGGCGUUCAAGCACGGCCGCACGGAGACCAUCCGGCCUGCCUCUGUGCACACAAAGAAAUGCUCUGAGGCCUUUGUCAAGGGACUCUCCAAUCACAGCACUGGGGAGCUGCAGAGUCUGAUAAUGGAGUGCUCCAAGUACCACGGCCGUUUGACAAAGGAGGCUGCUAUGGGCCAGGGCUUUGACCGGCACCUGUUCAGCCUGCGCUACCUGGCCUCGUCCAAGGGGCUGCCCCUGCCGGAGUUCUAUCAGGACCAGGCCUACGCCCGCCUCAACCACAACAUCAUUUCCACCAGCACCUUGGUGAGCCCGGCUGUGCAGCUGGGAGGCUUUGGCCCCGUGGUGGCUGAUGGCUUUGGAGUAGGGUAUCAGGUACAGGAUGACUGGAUAGGUUGUAAUGUUUCCUCUUACCCGGCUAGGAAUGGUAAAGAGUACCUUCAGUGUAUACACAAGUCACUAGAAGAUAUCUUUAAUGUUUUGAAGGGUAAGAAAAUUGGUAGUUAGACAUAAAGACAUUGGAACACUUUACAGUUGCAGAACAAAAUGCAGAUUAUGUCUAAUUGACAUACUAAUUAAUGUUCAGCAUGGAUGAGACUGCCCAGCCUAACUGGCUUCGUGUAUCAUCACUGAACUUGAAUACUGUUAAAUUCAGUAGGAAGUGCCUGUUAAAUUCAGUAGGAAAUGUCUAUCCAUUUCAAAGAAAUCAAUUACACACCUUGAAUGCAUUUCAGGAAAUACAGACAUUAACUAUGUCAAAUUAAGUAACAGUUCCAUGUGUUCUUAAAACACAUAAUCUAAAAUAAGCAUUUUUAUUGAGUUAAUGAACUUGGAAUACCUGUGUUCCUUGAAUGUUUGGACAGACUACACUACUGUGAUACCGCUCUUGAACUGUUUGGUUUUAAAAAAAUACAUGCAAUAAUUUUAAACAUGGAAGAGUGGUUCCAUUUGCACUCUUGCAGUAAGCUUGCUUACUAACUUAUCUCUUUAAACUUGAAUUUAUAUCAGAACUGAUUGUGCCUCAACUGCUUGAAGCCUUUUCACUAUAACAGCUUUUAGAGACACAAAAAAUGAAAUGGGAGGCUUUAAGAAACCUGCAGUCACCAACUGGGUUGUUGAACUGAUUGGAAAAGAUUGUAUUUUAAUAAAGCUGUCUGUUAAUAA